AUGUUUUCUUCACAAUAUUAAUAAGUGCAAAAGCAGACUGUUGUUGCCCUAAAUGUUGCUGAAAAACCAUCAGUUGCCAAAGCUAUUGCUAACAUUUUAAAUAAAGGCAAAUCUGAUCCAAGAAAAUUAGAAACGUUAGCUAAGUAUAAUCCAGUAUACAGAUUUAUGGCUAAAAUUGAUAAGCAUUAAAUGGAUAUGAUCGUAACUUCAGUAUGCGGUCAUAUUAUUGAAUUCAAAUUCCCUUAGAAAUGUAAAGAUUGGAACAACACACCUUAUAAAGAACUCUACAAAGUUAAACUCGAAAAAGAACCAUCACCUCAGAAUACAGACAUCGUAAGAAACAUUCAUAAAUAUGCAGAUUUAGCAGAUAUUUUGAUCCUUUGGUUGGAUUGUGACAGAGAAGGAGAAGCUAUUGCUUAUGAAGUUAUAGAUUUAGUAAAAUAGGUUAAACCAGAAAUUAUAGUUAAAAGAGCCCAUUUCAGUUCUUUAACAAAAAAUGAAAUUGUUAAAGCAGUUACAACAAAAUUGACAGAUCCAAAUUAAUUCUAAGCUGAUGCAGUAUUUGCUAGAUAAGAAAUCGAUCUAAGGAUAGGUGCAAGUUUUACAAGACUUCAGUCAAUGAAAUUCAAAAACGUUAUUGGGGCGAAUCAGAAAUAAGUCUUAAGCUACGGUCCCUGCUAAUUUCCUACUCUUGGGUUUGUUGUCGAAAGAUAUAUGAAAGUGGCAAAAUUUGAGCCUGAAAAAUAUUGGACUAUUAUCCUUCAGUAUUAAAAACCUUAAGAGGAGCUACCAGUUGAGAAUGAAAAAGAUGAGGAUGAAUAGAACGAAGAUGAAGAUACAGAAAUCGGAACAGAUGAUAUCAAUGAUAAAAAAUAGGCAUAGGCAAAACCUAAGGAGGUUAAAGAAGGUGAUUAGACAAUCAAAGAGGAUUAUGAAUAUGGAAAUGAAGAUGGAGAAGGUGAUUGUGAAGAUGAUGAGUCUGGAUUUUUACUAUCUGAGAAAAUGGAUUAACUUAUGACAAAAAAAGAUGAUUAUAUAGAUGAGCUGAAUAAAUAGCUGGAUGAUAAGUAAAAUAUGAAACAUAAAAGUAGUAAAGACAAAGAUUAAGAGGAUCAGCUUUCGAAAAGUUUUUAAAAAAUAAAUAUGCAAACUGAUGAGGGUUUUUCUGAGGAAGAUCAAAGCUAAAUUGAGGAUAACCAAUAGAAAAAUGAUUAGAAGUAAUUGAGAUAAAGAUAAAAAGUAAAUUAAGAUAAUAAUCAAGAUAAGAAAGAUCAACAAGAAGAUGUAAAGCCUAAAAGGUAAAAUCAUAUUGAUUAUAUUUAUCUUUUAGGAGAGGAUUUUUCGAGUCAAAGAAACCUAAAGAUGCAAUAUAAUUUGAAUGGACAAGGUACAGAGUCUAUAUAAGAUUCAAAUUUGGCUUCGGUGGUAAAGGUAAAUUCCAAGAGAAAGACAAAAAUCAAACCUUUUCCUAUGAAUACCAUAGACUUUCAAAAGUUAGUCUCAAGGAAACUUAGAAUAGGAUCACAUAAAGCAAUGGAUAUUGCAGAAAAGCUGUAUUAAAAGGGAUUUAUAUCAUAUCCUAGGACUGAAACUAAUAUUUUCCCUGAGAUGAACUUAAGAGAGAUAGUCAAUGAUUUAUGCAAGAAUUCUAUCUUUGGAUAUUUUGCUAAGAAGCUCAUCAACUGUAACGGAUAUUCCCCUCCAAGAAGAGGGAAAUUAGAUGAUAAAGCACAUCCACCCAUUCAUCCAGUAAAAAAUGCCUAGAAAAUGGAAUUAAAGAAUGAUGAGUGGAGAAUUUAUGAAAUUAUAUGCAAGCAUUUUCUUGCUUGUCUUUCAAAGGAUGCCAUUGGAAAUGAAACAAAGAUAGAAAUUGAAAUUGGAGGAGAAAAAUUUAGAACUAGAGGUCUAGUAAUAGUUGAAUCUAAUUGGCUCGAAGUUUAUGCUCCUUAUGAAAAAUGGGCAGAUAAUACACUUCCAAAUUUCUAGGAAGGUGACUCUUUUGUGCCCUCUUUGAUUAAUAUUCAAGACUCUUAAACUUAGCCACCCAAGUUGCUUAGUGAGGCUGACUUGAUAAGCAGGAUGGAUUAAAAUGGCAUAGGUACCGACGCAACAAUUCAUGAGCAUAUUAAAACUAUCUAGGAUAGAGGUUAUGCUCUUAAAUAAGGUCAGCAUUUUAUUCCAACUUAGUUAGGCUUAAAUCUUGUAAAUGCUUAUGAAUAUGUUGGAAUCGAGUUGUAUAAACCUAAUCUAAGAUCUUAAGUAGAAAGAUAAUUGAAGUUAAUUGAACAUGGCAAGAAACCUAAGAAGGAAGUUUUAAAGGAAUGCUUAAAAGAGAUGAGAAGAAUAUUUAAGACAGUAAUGAAGAGAUCUGAUGAGAUGCAAGACUUUCUUACUUAAUAACUUACCAAUCCUAUUGUUGUUGUAAGUUUGAAAGAGGAUUUAACAUAAGCUACUUAACAAUCUCAAAGACCUGAAUUGAGCUAGGUGAAUAUCAUUACAGAUGGAUAUGAUAUAAAAGCUGAAGACUUUUUCAAAACACCAGAUCAAUUAUUCACUCAAAUUUAAAACUAGAAAAAAUUUUCUCAAGAUGUAAUAAUAGAUGACAGUGAAAAGACCACUCUAGCUGAGACUAAUUUUAUGCUUUGCGAGAAAUGUGGCGAGUUUCCAGUUAGAAUUAAGAUGGCUAAUUCCGGCUUUCUCUUCGCUACAUGUGCAGGCUUCCCAAGGUGUAAGAACUCUACAUUCCUUCCAAAGAAUAUCAAGAAUUUGUAGAUUACUGACAUUAACUGCCAAAAUUGCACUGAUGCUAGAGAGGGAGAGGAAGUUAAGAAAUUCAGAAUAUCGUUCUAUACAAGUACAGCACCAAACAUAAACUAGUUGCAAUAAAUCAUUUAGUAGUCAGAAUCUGUAUACUGCAUUUUAUCCUCUUGCGAUGAAAACUUGCAAAAAAUUAAACAGAUAUGCAAGGGCAUCAAGAUUCCACCCAAGAAGGGGACUUUCCUCGAUGAAAUGACUGAAGAAGAGAAGUAGCAGAAGGAAGAAAGCAGAAAAAGAUGGUUUGAAAAGCGAAGGGAUUAUAAAGCUUUUCAAAAGGGGAAGGGCAAAUAGCCUAAUUAGGGUAACAACAAAUUUGAAAAAUAAACAAAUAAUAAGAAAGAUAAAGGAGGCAAAAAACAAGGCAAAGCCUGCAAUCAUUGUGGCAAGAAAAGACACUCAGCCAAGAGUGAUUGCAUUAACAAUAAAAAUAAAGGCAGUGCUGAAUGA